CUUGUAUUUCGGCAACUAUUGUUGUUGGAUGUUGCUGAAACCUUACAAGGCCGUCAGCACGUAUAGCAACCACUUGAAAACAAUACUGGGCUGCUGGCAAUGGAAAUGGCAGACACAGACAGGAGAAAGAGCAGCGGGCCCUACUCUGCAGAAAUAGCAGUCGUUAGGGAAAUCUACGACGGCGAAAACGCCCAGGAAAGAUUUGAGUUGGAACUAGAACGAGCCUUGGAAGCUGCCGUUCCUGUGAUUGUCAUUGAGCCAGUCCGCCUAGGGGACGAAACGGCGCGAUGGAUCGCCGUUGGAAAUUGUCUUCACAAAACUGCAGUUCUUACUGGACUAGGUUCAGUAAUAACAGGAAUAUUCUGUGAUAAUCGUCCAUACAUAUACACUCCAUUGGGUCUCAUUUCCUUGCUGUGUACCGGCCUCUACACAGCAUCAUGGCAAUUCGAUCCUUGCUGUAAAUACCAGGUUGAAAUGGAUACAAAAAGACUGGCCAAGUUGCCAGUGAAUAGAUUGACUACUUCGAGUCCUAUAGUUCUUGUAAGAAGAGACGACAAUAAACGGAAGACUCUUCAUUGCACCAUAUGUGUUACAGCAGCUAGCAUUACCCUAUGGAAGCUGUACUUUAUUGCCUUCAAAUAGUCUUGUUAUCAAAAAUUCCCUAAUGUACAAAUUGAACAAUACACCCUUAUUAUAUCAGAA